AUCAAAGUGCUUGACUACUAAAGUUCAUUGCUUAACAUGCCAGAGUUUAGGUAAUAACGAACACCUUUCUUUUCCCCUCUCAUUUUGCCCUCCAAAAGAUGAGCAACCCCAUCUCGUGUGUGUAUAUAUAUUAUAAGCCUAUCAUGGCAUGCUCCCCAUCUCUGCACUCUUAUCACCGAAGAUAUAUAGUUGUCAUCUCUUUCUCCUGAGACUACAAAUGGCCAGACGCAAUCUUCUCUUGCUUCUGACGUUCUCCUUUCAUUGCCUCUCUUGCUUUAGCAAUUCAGAAGAGCCUUUUGCCAACUUCUUUGGGGAACCUCCUUUCAGCAUGGUCGCAGGUGAGGAAGCGGAUGCGCCGUCCAGCUCCGAGAGAUCUAGCAUGGAGCGUUUAGAUCAAUUAGAUGGUCGAACACCCUCAAGGAGAGUGGUGAAUGUGGAAAACCAUGGUGCUAAGGGUGACGGAACUGAUGAUAAGGAGGCAUUUGAGAAGGCAUGGAAAGAAGCUUGUGCCUCUCAUUCUUCAGUAGUUUUUUUGGUGCCUGAACACAAGAGAUAUCUUCUUAAGCCAGUUAACUUCUCUGGCCCUUGUAAAUCUGAUGUCACAGUGAUGAUCAAAGGAACCCUUGAAGCUUCUCCAAAUCCAUCGGAUUGGGAUCACAGUGAUAGGAGGCACUGGAUCCUAUUCAGUGGCAUAAGAAAUCUAGCAGUAGGAGGUGGAGGAAUUCUCGACGGCAAAGGGCAGAACUGGUGGCAAAACUCCUGCAAAAUUAACACGAGUCAGCCUUGCAUUGGUGCACCAACGGCCUUGACCUUCGCUUCAUGCAAUGAUCUGCGGGUGGAGGACCUGAGAAUAAAAGACAGCCAGCAAAUUCAUGUAUCAUUCGAGCAUUGUACACAAGUUGAAGUUUCCAGGCUCACCAUCACUGCACCUAAAUGGAGUCCAAACACUGACGGAAUUCAUGUGACGAGUACUAAGAACAUACUCAUAACCCAAAGUAUCAUAGGAACAGGUGAUGACUGCAUAUCCAUCGUCAAUGGUUCGCGAGGAGUGAAAGCUACUGAAAUAGUUUGUGGACCUGGUCAUGGGAUCAGCAUUGGAAGUCUAGGAGCUGCCAACUUGGAAGCUCACGUCUCCAAUGUGCUGGUCGAAAAUGUUACCUUAAAGAAUACUACAAAUGGAGUCCGGAUCAAAACUUGGCAGGGAGGGCACGGGUAUGCAAAAAACAUCAUUUUCCAAAAUAUAGAAAUGCAUGAUGUUCAUCAUCCUAUAAUCAUUGAUCAAAAUUAUUGUGACUCUAGGAUUCCAUGCCAUGAACAGAAAUCAGCUGUUGCAGUAAGUCAUGUUCUUUAUAAAAAUAUUAAGGGAACAAGUGCUUCAGAAGUGGCUGUGAAAUUUAAUUGCAGUAGAAGUAUCUGGUGUCAUAAAAUAAUAUUACAGGAUAUUACUCUCAAAGGAGAUGGGGGAGUUAUAACGAAAAGUUCAUGCAACAAUAUUAAAUGGACUAAAAUUGGAAAGAUUUUCCCCUCUUGUCCUUAA